GUUGGUCAUUCUCAGUAAUUGGUGCUGUGGAAGGAAUUAAUAAGAUAGUGACUGGCGAACUGAUUUCAUUAUCAGAACAAGAAUUGGUGGAUUGUGAUACAGGAUAUAACAUGGGAUGCAAUGGAUGACUUAUGGACUAUGCAUUUGAGUUCAUCAUCAACAAUGGAGGCAUCGAUUCCGAGGAGGAUUACCCUUACCGUGUUGUUGAUGGUACAUGUGACCAGUAUAGGAAAAAUGCCAAAGUUGGUUCUAUUGAUUCUUAUGAAGAUGUUAAUUCCUAUGAUGAGUUAACAUUGAAAAGGGCCGUUGCAAAUCAACCCGUGAGCGUUGCUAUUGAAGGAGGAGGAAGGAAAUUUCAAUCUGAUUUUAUUCAUGACCUGGGAAAAGAAGGUGUGCCUAUUGCAUAGAAAGAAGUAGAAUGGGAAGAUCCAAAGUCCAAAGUUUUGAGUCUAAGUGAAAAACAUGUGGUUUAUUUUUUGCUUUUGAUUAGAACAUAAAAAC